AUGAAACUCUCCAGUUCGAGCAAUGAUGAUGGUGGAAAACAACAAGAUGAUUUAGCAGGAGGAGGUGCUGAUGAAAAACCCUCCUCACCACUACUAACAACAACAACCACUACGACAACGAGUCCAUUGUCAUCUUCGUCCUUUAUGGUUGCUUCGAUGGGCAUGGCGAUGGGAUCGGGUGGAUCUGGACAAGCUUCUCUUCCGGGUAGCAAUAAUAAUUAUAAUAAUAAUAUUAAUAAUAUUAAUAAUAAUUCGAGUGGUAUGAAUACGAGUAGUAAUACUAGUAAUUGUGCUAACAAUAAUUAUCAACAAGGUAACAAUGGAAAGAUUAGCUUGCUUUUAAAGAUGGUUCGGGAGGGAAAUUAUGAAAUGGUUGAAGCCAUGAUCAAUAACAGAGAAGCCGGAAUAAAUGAUUGUGAUACUAGUGGAUGCACUGCUCUUGGUGUAGCUGUAGAUUCUGUAAAUAUGAAAAUGUUGAAAUUCCUCAUUAGAAGAGGAGGCAAUACUAAUGGAAUAAUUUAUGGAAGAAGUAUUUUACAAUAUUGUAUGGAAAGAAAUCUUAUUCCAUUUGCUUCCUAUCUCAUUAGAAUGGGUGCCAAGCCAAAAACAGUUACCAUUCCAACAAAUCCAAGCAUGGACAUUAUUGUUAAUCAAGUAAUUGCUACUCAAGUUGAAAAAUUUAUUAAUGCUCUCCGUAUAAGGAAUUUUGAAAGAGCUAAUUAUCUUAUUACUAAGAAUCUUAAACAUAACAUUCUCAUUGUGGAUUGUUUGAAUCAAGAACGUGAAACACCACUCUAUGUAUUAUCUAAACAUAACAAUCCAGAGGCAGUUGAAUGGUUGAUAAAACAUGGAGCUCAAGUUGAUUUGAAAGUUAUGGAUCGCAACAUGAAUUCUCUUCAAGUUGCUAUUCAAUGCAAACACUGGAAUGUUGUCAAGACAUUAAUCAAAAAUGGAGCAAAUAUGUAUAUAAGAGAUGAAUUUGGAUUGACCUGCGAAGAAAGAGUCAAACAUAACGGAAUUGAUUUGAAUGCACUUGUAUAUGGGAAUGUGCCUCAACCUCAAAUUGUUUCACCUCCUUCAUACCAAGGCAAUUUGAUUAUUAACCAACCAACUCUUAAUCAACCUCCUCCUUCUUACACAUUCCAACAAGCUCAAUCUAUCUAUCAACCAAUACUCUCAAAUGCGCAACCUCAAACCUAUCAACCUAUUCAACCACCACCACCAAACUAUUUCCUUCAAACACAACCAUUUGGGCAAUCAACUGCUCCACCACUCUAUAAUAGCGUGUCUAGUACUUUACCUCCUCAAUAUCCUCCAUCAAUCAAUAAUAGACCGCAUUCUCCAUCAGUUCCUAGAGUAACUGAAUCAACCUUUACUCCUUCUCCAACUGUGAUUUCUACUCCAGUUGAUGUUCUAGAUUGCAUUCCACAACCUUCCCAAGUUUCACCAGUUUCUUCUGAAACAUCUCCUCCUGAAGACUCUCCAAUUCCAGUUCCUAACUUUGAUGCAGGCUCACCACCAAUUACAUCUUCUGAUUCUAUGGCGGUUCAUUAUGUUGGUGAUGAGAAUAGAGAACAUGACUUUGAUCCAGAAGAACCAAAAUCUUUGGAAAUGAUUUUGAAGGAAAGAUAUAGAAAGAUGCAACUUUUAGGCAAGGGAACUAACGGAUAUGUAUACAAGGCAAAGAAAUUUAAUAGAGGAAAAGAUGAUCCUCCAGUAAUUGCUGUAAAAUUGGUAGAUUUCUUUAGUACCGAAGCUCUCAACAAGUCUCUCAAAUCUGCCAUGAAUUUAAUCAAAUUAAGACAAGACCAUAUUAUUGGUGUUAGAGAUGUUGCUGUUUUGAAAUGCAAAAUUCCAGAGAAUAACCAAAACUCAAACGAUCUUACAAACAAGAGUACGCUCUGUGUGGAAAUGGAUUACUACGACAAGGGAAGUCUUGAGAGCCUUAUCAAACAAAAAGUUGUUUUGAAAGAAGCAGUCAUUAAGAAGUUUAUUUCUCAAAUCAUUGGUACCCUCCAAUACAUGAACAAACACAAGAUUGUUCACAGAAACAUCAAACCACAUAAUAUUUUACUGAGAGAAUGGGAUCCUUCUGAAAAUAUUGACACUGUUUUAAUUGGAUUCCGUUUAUCCAAAUCAGUCAGUGAUUCUGCAAGUGAUAUUCAACAAGCUGGUUCUCUUCAAUUCAUUCCACCAGAACUUUUGGACAUUUCUGAAGAAUUGGAAGAAAAUACUGCCAUGUUUGCUUCUGCUGACAUUUUUGCUUUGGGUGUAACGUGUUACCAACUCCUUACUUUUGAUACUGUCACCAUGAUUAAUGGUCUCAUUAUGAAGUAUGGUAAUGAAGAAAAGGUAAUGAAUCAUCUCAGAUCAAGCAUUAUCAAGAAUCAACACUAUCCAUACUCUACAGGACUCGUUGAAUUGGUAAUUUCAAUGCUCAGAUUAAACACUGCUGACAGAAUCACACUUGAUGAAAUUUUGGAUCGUCUCUCCACUCUUCAAUAA